AAUUGCACCAUAUCGAUCGCGAGUCGAUUGUCGCGAAUAGAUCGAAAGUUUUCGAGCUCGCGAUAUUACUGAAUUAGAGAAUAAUCGUGUGUAUCUGGUGGUAAUACUGGCUAGUGGAAAAAUGCUAACACUCUCUGCUACCUUUAGAAAAGUUUAUUAUUCGUAAGGAUCCUGGUAUUGCGAUACUGUUGCGGCUCGAAUAGUAUUAAUCCUGAAAUAGAGUGAAAUAAAGCCAGAGCGAGUAGUUUUAUAAUGGAAGGAGGUGGGGUACUUACCGCUGAACGUAGUCCGGCACGCGCGAAUCUACAUGUGGCAUUCACAGAGAAAGGAGAAGUGAAGGAACGCAGAGAGAAAUUCCUGACAGCCAAGUAUGGGUCUCAUCAGAUGUCUCUUAUUCGUAAAAGACUGGCAGUGGAAAUGUGGUUGUUUGAUGAACUAGAAAAAUUAUACGAAACAGUUAAUGACAGUGGUAAAAAUCGUGAAGUCGAAAUCGAUAUAGAUGAACUUCUUGAUAUGGAUAGCGACGAUCAUAGACGAAGAUUUCUGCAAGAACUACUGGUCGAUACCAAAAAGCCUCCACAUGAUAUAAACAAAUUCAUUAAUGAUUUACUCGAAAAAGCUAAAACACUUUGAAGAAGUUUCACGUUCUUCUUAACACUUACGUGUUUGCAAGGACUUUUUUGAAGCAUUAACAAAUUUGCUCAGAUUUGGAACGAGUCAAAGACAUAUUCAAGCCUUAACGAGUUGCGCACGUACAACUCAAAUGCCAAUUUAUCAUUACUUGGAUAGAACUUAACGGGGAAAAACAUUAAAAUGACUCUGCACAUUUUUAUUCUAGCGUGUAUUAUUUCAUAUUGAAAUCGUAAGCAUUAGUAUCUGACUUAUCUCAGUGCAAUGGCUAACUUUGUUAGUUAUUUGUGUGCGCAUCGCAUAUCAAGUAAUAAACCUCACAGUACACAACUGCCUUGCUGUACGAUCCAUCCAAUGUGAUGUAUAAUAGAAAAAGUUUGUUCUUCUACACUCUAGUUUUGUAUGCCUUCUAUACUCCAAUCAUUCGUAGUAAUAUUUAUGUUGUUAAGGAUCGACUAACAAUGCUUCCAAACGUUGUAACUAUACCAAAUGAUUUCUAUACAUAUCCUAUGUUUAUCGAAUUAUCCCAACUGAGAAUACGAUUGGGUUCUAACAGUUAAUAUUCCUAUGUUCUAGUAGUAUAAUCAAUUAACACGAUUUUAUUUAUUUUAGAAAAUACUUUAAGGGAGUAAUAUGAACAAAUUUCGCAUCGAAUGCUUGUACGAAUUAAAGAAGAAAUCUGUUUGAUAAUAUUACGUAGCAAAAGCGUGUAUGUUUCAGAUGAUUUUAUCGCUGGCAUAGUAAUUAAUUAAAACGUGGAAAUGACACCUAUUGUUGCUGCGCUACCGAAUCAGUAUUGAAAAUUACUCUGCUAUCGGUUCCUUUAAUAUUUAUAAAUAUUUAGCAAUCUUAGAUCUAUUAUUACAUUUUUUUUUAAUUACUUUGUUACUUAUAUAAUUAUGUUAUAAAUUCCACGAUUUUAAAUUUCUAUUUAUGACGUACCUGUUAUACUUUUUUAAAUUAUAAAACGUACCAAUUUUAAAGAAUCAUUAAAGAGAGUCGUUGUCACGAUAGUAUGCAAUUAUAGGUGACAUUUAUACGGUUUAUCGACUGUCAUUUACCAUCAACAAUCAUGUAAAAGAGGAAGGAAGCAAACUUGACAUAAACUUCCGAAAACACACAGAUCUCUUACACCGAAUGUAUCUCGAAUUAUUACUUAAUAUUGUACCAAAAGACUGCACAAAUGGAAUUUACCUUCCUCUCAAAACUAGAUGCGUACAGAAAUUACACGACAAAUAAGAUAUUACGAUGGAUAUAUCAUUAAUGAACGUAUACAUAGUAUCGGAUGUCGAACGAACCGAGAAGUUGGCAAACACACUACGCAAAAGGAACUUUUGUGUUCACGUUGGAUAGAAUGUAAAGCAAUACCAAAAAUGUGAUCACUUUGCAACACGUCUUGGCAACACAACAACACAUUGUUGCACAUUAAUCCCCAACACAUUGACCGCCACAUCAUUCCUGUUGAAUCGGUACAAGUUUUUGCUAUGCUAGUGUGUCUGUAAAAUUCGAGUCUCUAAUUUAGACUAAAGAAACAGUUUUAUCCAGUUUCAUUCGAAUCAAUAUCGUACAACUAAAUGUGGCUACGAUUCAUGACUUUUGAUGGAUUGUGAGACUGUUCGACAAUCUUGGUCGAUACUGAUCUGGCAGUCAACGUGUUAAGGUCAUGGAAGAGGAAUGAAAACGGUUUUAUCCAAGCAAGGACUAGCGAAAUGUACGAAUCAUGAUUAUUUACGAGAUAUUAGGGUGUACAGAGAUUCGCUUGCCAUUCGUUGGCAACAUGGCAGAAUGUAAUCUUUGUGGACUUGUCGUCACCAUAGGAAAAUGUGUCUAGACUACUCGUCUACCCUUAAACUUCCAUACAAUUUGGGCGAAUAACGGCUAAUUAACAGCGUUCAACUCGUCUCGUCACCCAUACAUGUAUAUUUAAAACUUUAUACGAUGAAAUAUAUGUGAAUGUGUAAUUAAGAUUAGGAAUAAACGUAUACGAUAAACUUUGAUCUCGUGCGUGCAAUCGAUGGCGUGUUCGGUCCGUUUGGACGAGUGAAUGAUACUUCAACCAUCGAACGAAUACGCCAAACUUCAAUCAAAGCUUAUCGUAUUAGAAAAAAAAUACAAUCAAUUCGUGCACUUGUGAUUUAGUGUUGUAAAGAAUAUGCGAUCUUCGAUAGAGUUAUGUUCACCGAAUCGAAAUUAUGAAGUUUUUAAAUUUUAUAAUCGGAACAAGUAACGCUAUCAAAAUCUUUGUUCUUUUGUUCUACGUUAUGCGAUAAGGUGUUAAGUCGAUGCAUAUGAAAUGUUAUCUUCUCCUUUCGAACAAAUUUUUAACACGUAUGCGUACUAUUGAUUGACAUUUCGGAUGCAUCAUCUAAUUAAGAGAGCGUGAUCGGUGCUUUAAACGUAAUGUUUGUUAGCGUGCGAAGAAUGUUUUGUAUAUCAUUACGGCUUAGUGUCUCGAAAGUAAGAAGAAAAUCUUAUCCAAUUGUAAUAAUGUAUUUCAACAUCGUUUUCUCGGUGAAUCAUUUACAAGAAAUUGAAAAUGUCUCGUACAAAAGAAGAAGGUGAUUCAAUGUAUACCAUUGUAAUGGAAUUUCUUGUCACGUGUGAAUGCUUGGAAUGUUCUCGCGUAAUACUAAAUCAAAUCAAUCCACGACACUCUUAAGACAGAAAGACACCUCUACACCGAUUGCAAAAUGAAAUUCCUGCAUUCAUGACGCGAUUUGAAAGAUACAAAUAGGACGUGAAAAUAGUAGGUAAUUUAAAGGUGCGUUUAUGUAUACCGAACAACGACAAAAAGAAAUGUAUACGCUAAAACAUUUUCUAUUUGCGUAUACCGUUACAAAAAUAUCGUCUUUUCGACAUAAAAUUAUACUUUCGAUCGCGUUAUUUUACAAAAUAUUAACUGUCAAGGAGGGUCGUGUUCUUCGCUUCGUCUGCAGCCAUUCGGUAUAUGUAAACGUGUCCCACACAGAUUCUUAUUCUCCUCGUUUUAAAUUGGCAAGUCAAGCGCAAGACACAUUGUAAUUGGAAUAAGAAAAAGAUUCGCAUAAAUACUUUACAUAGUUA